CCAGCUGCCUUGGAGCCAUCAGGAUGCCUCUUCCUUCUCUCCCAUCAGCUAUUUUGUCUCAUAUGAUAGCUAUAAACAAUGUACCGCCUCCUCCACUUCGCAGUUUACCAAAGUUGAAAAUGUCUAAGUACAUUGAUUAUGGUCAGUUGAAUGCAUUGUGCCAUAUGAGAGGACUACAAUCUAGCCAGAGUUCUUACAGUAUCCUGUCAGCUCACAAUAUGUUUAUAAAGCAAUAUCCUAAAAUAUUCCUGAAGAAAAAAACCAGACUGCCUAAACUCUUCAAACAAGAGGAAAAAAGAGAACCUACUGAAGACACAGAAGAACUUCAACACCAACAACCUGAUGAUUCUCACAAUAUAGCUAUCCAUGUUAAAAAAGCACGUGGUGGCCCUACUUUAUAUGAACCAAAAAAUUUUGAAGAGAAGUUAGUGGAAUUCCUGGAUAUUUUAAAGAAAUUGCCCAUUUACAGGACAUUGCGUGAACACAGAACUGUGUGGAAGAUGCUGAAAACAAUUCCAGAUUUGACCUCUCAGCUAACUGAUGAGGAUCUGAAAACACUUAGUAGGAGUGUCAUUUCUGAAACCUGGGUAAAAGGCAGCACAGUGGUUGGAAAUGAUGGAUUUUAUAUAAUACUGAAAGGUUCAGCUCGACCUCAAACAAAGGCAUAUAAAGAUCUGAUUGAUGAAAAUGAGUCAACAUCCUCUUUCAUACCUCAGAGUUUCCAAGGAUUUGUUUCCAACGAAGACUUCAAAAACAUACUUGCUGAGAUGCACACACCUUCAUGUGAUCCAAUGCUUCGACAAUGGAGUACCUUUGGAACCCUGGAAGUUAUAGCUCAGACUGAAUCAGACACAAAGGAGUACUCAGUGAUCACAGAAGAAGAUUGUGAAAUUCUUAAAAUCCCAGCAAAGGAUUAUGUGAGGUUAAAAUCGGAAAACAUAAAGCUUGGAAAUAAAGAAAAGAUGAAAUUAAUUCAUAAAUGUCCAUAUUAUGAGGAGUGGCCGACUUUAUCCAUAUGUGAGCUAGUUGCACUCAUUAAAUGGAAAAAAUUUCCUCCAGGUCAUGUGAUAGUGGAGAGUGGGAAGAUAAUUUCUUUUGUGGCUUAUAUUAAUUCUGGAUAUUGUAAUAUUUAUAGAAAUAUUGUAGGACUUAUGAAACUACAACCAAAAAAAGUGAAAAAAAAUCAAAAACUUGUUUGUAUGGGCAAACUUAAUGAGAAGGAAUCCUUUGGUGAGAUUAGUGUUCUUCUUCAAGUUCCUUUCACAUGCACAAUAGUUACUGGAAAAGAGGUUGAGAUGGCAAUCAUUGAAGAUAAGGACCUAUUUGAAUUAGACCCAGUGACCAAGCAACUUAUGCUCCAUACAGCUAAACCAACUUUUGGUCAUCUGAAAGAUGAGGAUGUUAAAAAUGUAUAUUUGGAAAGGGAACAAAAAAAGGAAUGGAAAAAUUUCAAGGAUAAAACAAUGAAAAACUCCUUGUAUUAUAAUGGAAUUAUUCCAGGCUUUGGAAAAUGGGACCAUUGCUGGGCCAGCAUUCCUAGGAAUCUCAAGGAUACUCUAAUCAGUUAUUAAAAAUGUCAACUUAUAAGAAAUUGGGAAUUUCAACAUGGAUUAUUAAUUGUUUUUGUUAUUCACUUGGAAUCACUAUAAUGGUCUACCCAAUUACCUUACAAUUCUAUUUCUUCCCG